AUGUCCGAUCUCCUUGAGUUCUUUGUCCCAGCCUAUGCCCGUGACUUGGAAAAUAUUGAAAAAGUUGGCGUGACUCAGUAUCACAUCAGUGAACCGUGUGAUUUUGACGUCCCUCCACGGCAGCAGCUCGAUGAUCUUACACGUCUUUUUGACAGUCUUCACAGGGAGAAGUCACCGACAGCUCUUUUUUCCAAACCGGAGCUGUUCGCAGCCCUUUUCACGUAUAUAAAGGCCAUGGAGGACAAGGAAACAAGUUUUGCUGUCACGAGAGGUGCAAGACACAAAAUAUGUCAUGAAUCUGCCGAACGAUUGAAGAAACUUCUCCAAAUAUGCGUGACAUAUCUGAGGAGGAACGCCGAAAAUGGUUUUAGAGAUUCUCUGCUUUUGUGUUUGCGUUCAAAUAUUAAAAUGUACGUUUUUGUUCUUUGCAAUACCUUGCUGUCCACGGCACCGGGUAUAGAUGACGACGAGGGCAUGUCUCCUUCAUUCCAGAGGACGGGGCGAAAACGAAAGCGGAAUAAGGGUAAUCAAGAGGCAGGAAUAGGUGAAGAUGACAGUGGAGUCGAUCAGGAUGGCCGCGAACAGGCCCUUUCUGCACUUAUAGAUAUUUUUUCACAGGACAUUUUACAACUAUGGACAGGGGAACUCAUAGAAGAAUCUAUGCUGACUCUCAUGCUGCGGAUGCUACUUCACAUGAUCACCCAAAAGUGCAAUAUUCAUGCCGAUGUACAAUCCGUGUCUGGUGCGCUUGUGGUUCUUCUUUCCAAGAUAUCUGCACAGAUGAUGGCCAGAGGUUCAAUUGAGCCCAAUGAUUUUGUUUCUCCAAUGAUCGAACUGGUGUUGAAGUCUGAAGUAACCGCCCUUUUCUUCACGCGAUUCGUCGCUGAAACAGAGAAUGAGGGUGCGUCUGCUAAUCACGCAGGCCGUGUAGUCACUGCGCUUAUUGAAGGCGUUGCUGGUGUCGCCCUCUACGAUGUUGUGGGUGAUCCAUCCGCUGCGAAAAAUGUUGCUUUGUUUUUCAGUGAAGUCGCGAGGAGGUGCGUGAGCGUAACAUCACGUAUGUCCGAUAUUGUGAUGCAAACCAUUAACAGCGAAAGUUACGAAGUAAGGAAGUCGAUCAUCACUUGUGUCACUGAAAUGGUUAUUCAGCGUUACAGUGGGCCUAACUGUAACGGCGAAGGUGAGGAGGAGAUCCGUGAUGGCUAUCUCUCCGAGCUGCUGUGUCGCCUCAUGGACUGUAAUCCAUAUGUUCGUAAUCACGUUGUGCACAUGUGGGAGAAGUUGUUGGAGGCUCGAGCCGUCCCAAAACGCUUCCGCUUACCGCUAACGGGCGCUAUUGUCGGCAGACUAGAAGACAGAAACUACCUUGUGAGGGACUCUGCCCUUCAGGUCGUCGUAUCGAUAUUAAACAAGAGCUGGUUCGGCAGUGUAUUGAGUCCAUCGUUGCUAGAAGAGAAGAUUCGUGAGGCGACGGCUGCGGCCGAGGUUCUUUUUGAGUCCGUGGAAAUGUAUGUGAGGUGUCUAGAGGGCGUGAGAAAGUCCUCUACGUUUACGGAACCCCAAGCUAGUGGUUUGGCUGAAGAGGCAACGGGAGACGUUCCCGUUCCCAUAGAGAUGUCAAGCGAGCAAGAGUCUGCGAUUGAUCGGGUUAUCUCUUUUGAAGCAUCAAUGGAGUUCGCUAAAUUGAUAGCAAAAUCACUAACGCAUGCUACGUCCCUGCUGGAUAGCCGAACUGAGCGAGAUGCUAUCGAGGCUAUAAAGCUUGUGGUUGCCUGUAACCGACACCGGAUCGAUGAGGCUGAAAAAGCCUUUCUUCACGUACUGGUAAUGGUUUACGAAGGGGAAAUCAAGAUUCAGUACGCUGUGCGAGACGCCCUCGUAGAUGUUGUUUUCAACGCGUUUUCAAGGUCAACGACAUCGUUAGCGGUGCAGAACACCGCCAGUGCUCAUAAGUUGAUUAGCUUUCUUCGCGGUGCAAAGGAGGGUGACAUCAGCGCUGUUGAUAGAGUAUUCGCUCUCAUUAGAACGAACCCUCCCCACUGGCGACUCAUUUCAGGCCACUUCAUAGACGCUCUGUGGGGGAUCGCAGGCGGUGCACUCGAUGGCGGUGCCACUCUCGUUGAAAGGCGAAUAGCUAUGCGCCUUUUCAGCAUUGUCUGCAAGCAUGAUUGGCACGCACUGGUAUCCAGAAAAGAAAGCGUUGUGGAGUUUUUGAAGUCGGGCACUAUGAAGGACAACGUUGUUUUGGCGUACUGCUUGAAGAGUCUCGAGGUUGAAGGUCAGGAUCCACACUAUCAGCCUAUAUCGUCCAAAUUUGCGCCGGGUGAGCAUGUAAUUCUUGAGCAAUUGGUUUUUCACUUGUGCAGAACCACAACUACGUUGUCUUCAUGGCUAAUCGUGGCCGAUGCAGCUAUUAGCGCUGUUCAUCGCCUAUGCGAAGUUCCCGCAGUUGUUUAUAUCUAUGUAUUGGAGUAUCUCGCACAAAGAGUUGACGCUGAUGUUAAUACUCAGGCUCAGCUUUUUUUUGUAUUGGGGCGUACAGCGCUGAAACAGCUCGUUGCGGUUGAUUGCCUAGAACGCCAGCAUCUGAAAAGGGUCGAUGUCGAAGCUAUGGCUAAGAAGCCAGCAACGGAGCAGUCGGUUGUGGGUGAUGCUGACGCUAUGCACAAGGAAUUGGGUUUGGGCUCUCACGAGUACAGAAGGCACGCGAUCCAGGAACUAGCUCAACGCCGUAAGCAGGCUAUCAUGUCUGAGGGUUCAAUCUGGCACCGUCUCUCCAAAGAUGUUGUUGAUGUCUGUCGGAAAAAGGCAUCGCGGUCUGUGGGUAACCCACUAGAGAGGGUCUGCGCCGUCAUGACUAUGUCUGAGCUCAUGAUUGUGAGUGACCAGUUCUGUGAGCAGCAUCUAGAUCUUCUCUUCACCAUCGUUUCCGACAAACGAGAAUCGUGGGUUGUAAAGACGAACGCAGUCAUUGCGUUGGGGGAUCUGGCCUGCGUACACCCGAAUCUUCUUUCUCCAUAUCUCAAGGUGCCAACAACGGGGUUCUUCAAACUUCUUAACGAUGCUGAUGUCAGAGUCCGUGCGGUAACGAUUCAGGUGUGUUCCCACCUUGUUCUCGGGGAAAUGCUCCGAAUUCGAGAUCACCUUUAUAUCAUAGUGAGGCUUGUGGCUGAUCCUAAUGAAACAAUUGCUAGCAACGCGGUAACGUUCGUGCAGAACCUGGCGUUGAAGGAAAAAGAGAGGACGGGGAACCUAAUUCCUCCUCUUGUUGUUCAACUAAGCCACGUCGUACCAGCUGAUAAGUUUCAGCUGGCGAUGCGGUCGCUUCUUGAGCGCGUUGAGGGCGAUAAACCGACAGAAUCACUAAUAGAACGUUUGUGUCAACGGUUUGAACCAUAUUCGGAGCGCGGAACCAAAAAGCGGCAAAUUGCACGCAAUCUGGCUUUUUGCCUUCACGAGCUCACUUAUGCAACUGAAAGGACUAUCAAACGGAUCACCUCGGAGGUCUGCUAUCAACAGUAUAAGCAAUGGUUGCGGGAUGACGUCGUACUGGACUAUUUUAAGGAUAUCGCCGCCAAGGCUAAAAAGGUUGGGCUUCGAAUUGGAACAGAACGUCGUGAUAAAGCGGCUAUUGAGGAAUGGGAGGCUCGGAUGCAGGCUGAUUGCUGCGGACUGGAUGACCCCAGAGGCAGUAGGCAGCUCACUGGUGACGAGUCUAGAGAAGCUGGAGACCAGAAUGAACGCGACAACUGGGACACUACGGCUGACGGCUUGUAA